CGCCGCCCGUUCCCCGCUUCCCGCCCACCUCCUUCCCUGGGCCGGACCCCCGGCUCCUUCGCGGGCCGUCCUGGGCCGCCAUGGCCUCGGAGAUGGACCCGCUGCUUCUGGCCUGGAGCUAUUUUAGGCGCAGAAAGUUCCAGCUCUGCGCGGAUCUAUGCACGCAGAUGCUGGAGAAGUCCCCUUAUGACCAGGCAGCCUGGAUUUUAAAGGCACGAGCACUAACUGAAAUGGUAUACAUAGAUGAAAUUGAUAUAGAUGAGGAAGGAAUUGCAGAAAUGAUUCUGGAUGAGAAUGCUAUUGCCCAAGUUCCACGCCCUGGAACAUCUUUGAAACUCCCUGGAACAAAUCAGACAGGAGGACCUAGUCAAGCUGUAAGGCCAGUCACUCAAGCUGGAAGACCCAUUACAGGUUUCCUUAGGUCUGGAACUCAGAGUGGAAGGCCAGGGACUAUGGAACAGGCCAUUAGAACACCGAGGACUGCCUACACAGCCCGCCCAAUCACCAGCUCAUCAGGAAGAUUUGUCAGGAUGGGUACAGCUUCCAUGCUUACCAGUCCUGAUGGACCAUUUAUAAAUUUAUCUAGAUUGAAUUUAACCAAAUAUUCCCAGCAACCUAAGUUGGCAAAGGCUUUGUUUGAAUAUAUCUUUCAUCACGAAAAUGAUGUCAAGACUGCAUUGGAUCUGGCAGCCCUUUCCACAGAGUACGCUCAGUACAAGGAUUGGUGGUGGAAGGUACAGAUUGGAAAAUGUUAUUUCAGGCUCAGAAUGUACCGUGAAGCAGAAGAGCAGUUUAAAUCAGCUCUGAAACAGCAGGAAAUGGUAGAUACAUUUCACUAUUUGGCAAAAGUUUAUAUCUGGUUGGAUCAACCUGUGACUGCUUUAAAUAUUUUCAAACAAGGCUUAGAUAAGUUUCCAGGAGAAGUAACCCUGCUUUGUGGAAUUGCCAGGAUCUACGAGGAAAUGAAUUAUUAUUCACCAGCAGCUGAACACUAUGAAAAAGUGUUGAAACAAGACAACACGCAUGUGGAAGCCAUUGCCUACAUUGGAAGCCACCAUUUCUAUUCUGACCAACCAGAAAUAGCGCUCCGGUUUUACAGGCGACUCCUGCAGAUGGGCGUUUAUAAUUGCCAGCUUUUUAACAAUCUGGGGCUGUGCUGCUUCUAUGCCCAGCAGUAUGAUAUGACUCUGACCUCAUUUGAACGUGCCCUCUCUCUGGCCGAAAAUGAAGAAGAGGCAGCCGAGGUCUGGUACAACCUGGGACAUGUAGCUGUGGGAAUAGGAGAUAUGAACUUGGCCCAUCAGUGCUUCGGGCUGGCUCUGGUCAACAACAACUACCAUGCUCCAGCCUACAACAACUUGGCUGUGCUGGAGAUGCGGAAGGGCCAUGUUGAACAGGCAAGCGCACUGUUACAAACUGCAUCUUCCUUAGCACCCUGUUUGUAUGAACCACAUUUUAAUUUUGCAACAGUAUCUCAUAAGAUUGGAGAUCUGCAGAGGAGCUACGUUGCUGCUCAGAAGUCAGAAGAAGCAUUUCCUGAUCAUGUGGACACACAACAUUUAAUUAAACAAUUACGGCAGCAUUUUGCUAUGCUCUGAUUAUUCUUCAGACCCAAGAUGUUCUAACAAAGGGAAAUUACACAAGAGGAAAAGGAUCUGGUGAAUGUAUCAUAAAAGAAAUUUGAGACUAGGAUGUAUAAUAGAUUUUAUAAUUACUUUCUAAGAUGAUAUUAUAAAAUACAGGAUUUAAGGAUUUUUUGUUUUGUUUUUGAGGCAGGGUCUCAUGCUAUGUAUCCCUGGUUGACUUUGAACUUGUGAUCCUCUUGCCUCAGCCAUCCACAUGGCCAGGAUUACAGAGAUAUAUCACAAUGCCCAGCUUAUUUAAACAAUUCUAAGUACAUUGUGAAAUAUUCUUUCACCUUAUAGGGUAGAUGUUUUCUUAUAGUUACCAAACAUUUUAAUGAGUUUCCUCAAAUUUCUACAAAUAUACAUUUUAAAAGUCCUUAAGACAUCAUGCAGCUUUAGGGGUGUGAAAUCUACCUUUAAGGGGUAUGGGUAUGUGUCUUAGUGGUAGAGUGUUUGCCUAGCAUGCACAAAGUCCUGGGUUCAAUUCCUCUACACCUUAUAAACAAAAAAAGCUGGAAGUGCUGCUGUGGCUCAAGAAGU